AUGUCUUCCACUUCGGUCACUUACAAGCCACUUCAAUUCCCCGACGAAAUACGACUUCUCGUCCUGCAGCCUGCCCGGCCCGGAUACGAUCAACCCAUCAAAUGGCGGAUUAAGCAUGAGAGACUGUGUCAUAAACCCCAAUAUGAAGCUCUUUCGUACGUCUGGGACCUGGGAUCAGCUGGCGGGAUGAAAAGCUUUUCCAGAAAAACCACUCCCACGAACCUUUCGUUGGCUUUGCAGCACCUUCGUAAACAAGCUGAGCCUGAUGGCCGUGUGCUUUGGAUAGACGCUUUGUGCAUCAAUCAGAAAGAUGUCAAGGAGCGUAACCACCAGGUCACUCAAAUGGGGUUGAUUUACAGUCAGGCCGAAAGCGUUAUCGUCUGGUUAGGCGUUGGAAAU